CCUUUGGAUGAACCGGUCGGAAAUUUGAGCAAGUUUCAAGGACUCCGCAGCGGCUUCCAGCACACCGAAGAACGAGAGAGACUAACCGAUGCACUUCAUUCCAUAUUCCGUACCCGCGGGAAUCUGCUUCACCCGGACGCCCAGCAGGAUGUGGCACAAUGUGACUUUAUCUAUGACGUGUGCAUGUACAAGUCGGAUCAUACUCCGCUCCUACGGCGCAUGGUAGUGGACUUUGAAACCGAGGUCUGUAUCAUCCACGACGAACUCUACAGGGCAUUGAACAUUCCUAUCGAGCGAUAUGAGGGACCGCCAAUCUCAGUGGUCGGCCGCGAGGGCAAGGCCACGCCACUAGGCAAAGUACGGGCAACAUGGAAUAUGCCCAAAGAUGAGAAUUUCUACUGUGCCGAGUUUUUAGUGAUGCAUGGGGUCGAAUUUGACGUCCUCCUGGGAACCUCCACAGUACGAGAACUGGGUCUUUACCGCAGGGAUCCUGCCCUGGCGUCUCGGCUA